AAGAUGGUAGCCGAAGCUGAUAUCAAAUGCCCUAAAUCCCUUCCUCUUAUGAAAAUCAACUACCAUCUUCGCGUUGCCGAUGAUCGCGAUCUUCAGACCGAUUUGCCGCACCCUUCUUCCUCACCUGUCUUUUCCCAGCCUCUAUAUUUAUGGCCUAGUGAAUCAGCAUGCUGAAAUUAAGGCUUAGAAGACAUGUAAGAUACUGAAAUUGUUGAAUGGGCAGGACUCUCACAUGCCCUUUCUAACAACUGAGAGAUCAUAUGGGAAUGGAACUAGACAAUAAUGGUUUUUCUUCAAAAAUCUUCCACAACCUUUUCAUUGAUGAGUAUUCAAGGUAAAGAAGCUUUUCAAAAAUCAAUUUGGAGGAGAAUAUAUCCCAAACAUUAUGAAGUUCUUUAUAUGAGAGGCUGGGAGCUUGGCCACUCGUGCUUUAUCACCAAAGGCAAGCUACAAUGCAGAUUGUCUGGCAUUUGUUUGUCUACUUUGUGAGGCAGUUAAUUGUUCGGAUAUCGUUGAAGAUGUGCAUAUAAAAUCAGCUUCCAUAGAUUUUGUUCCAAACAUUCGGUCUGGUAGCUAUGCAGACAUUGGAGCUCGGGAUUCUAUGGAUGAUGAACAUGUCUGCAUAGAUGACCUGUCUGCCCAUCUCCGAUCUAUGUUCAAAUGUUCUAUGCCUAAAGGUUUCUAUGCCGUGUUUGAUGGUCAUGGAGGGCCUCAUGCAGCUGCUUUUGUCAAGAGGAAUGUCUUGAGACUAUUCUUUGAAGAUGCCGAUUGGUUAAAAAUGCAGGACAUUGAUUCUAUUUCCCUAAAAGAUUUGGAGAACUCUCAUCGCAGAGCAUUCCAACAGGCAGAUCUUGCCUUGGCUGAUGAGCAAAGUGUUAGCAGCUCGUGUGGGACAACUGCAUUGACGGCAUUGGUUCUUGGGAGGCAUUUGCUUGUUGCAAAUGCUGGUGACUGCCGGGCAGUCCUAUGUAGAAAAGGUAUAGCAGUCCCAAUGUCUGAAGAUCACAGACCUUCUAAUUUACUUGAGCUCAAGCGAGUGGAAGGAAUGGGCGGGUUUGUAGAUGACGGGUAUGUUAAUGGCUAUAUUUCAGUAACCAGGACCUUAGGGGAUUGGGACUUGAAAUUGCCAAAUGUCUCCUCAUCACCUCUCAUUGCUGAGCCACAAGUGGAGCAUGUUAUAUUAACAAACGACGAUGAGUUCUUGAUUCUCGGAUGUGAUGGAAUUUGGGACGUUAUGUCGAGCCAAUAUGCUGUAAGUCUCGUUCGACGAGGGUUGAGGAAGCACAAUGACCCUCAUCAAAGUUCCCAAGAAUUAGUCCAGGAAGCUUUGCGCCUCAACACAUCGGAUAAUCUUACUGCAAUCGUUAUCUGCUUUUCUUCUUCCAGCUGUGCUUCUCAGCCGCGAAUAUGCAAGUCGUGUAAUCUGACAGAAGAUGCUACAAAUAGAUUGAGGAGCUUGUUAGAAGGUAACUGAUUAUCGCAUUUUCAAGUAUAAUCAAUUCUGGUCUGUUCAUGAUUUUGCAUCAGAAAAAACCAUAUAAAAGAAAAAAGCAGCCAGCAGUUUUGUAGGCAUACAGAGGAAACUGAUUAACACGACUGCGGUCAAUUAGAUUUUGGAAAUAGCCAACCUAAUAGGAUUUUUGUUCCCUCCGGCACUAUUUGUAAAUUAAUAAUAAGAAGCUCUUUUUGAUCCCAUGACGGCCUUGGAAUUUGGCCUUCCUUUUUGUUUGUUUUAUGUAUUGUCUUUCCUUUGAGGUUUUAGUUGAACAAAACAUGUAGUACUCGAAAAGGCUGAAGUGGCAUAAAAAGAAAGUGCCCAUGCAUUUUGUUUCUUUUGUUUUGAGUUAUAAGAUUGCAGGUUAAACCA